CAUCCUCCUGCAGGUGACCCCCCCGGCACAGAGACCAGCCCCGUCCGUGUAGCUGCGCUGCUAAUAUGGGGGCUAGGUGGGCGGCUGACGGGAGAGUGGGGCGUGAGAGAGAGGCUGGAGGCUCGGUGGGCGGGUGAUGCUGCUGCCUGUGGGCUGGCAGCGGGCGGCAGGCGGUUAGUGGGUGUAAGGUGGGCGGGCACAGGCCGGAGAGACUGAGAGCUGCUGCGGGAGCGGGAGUUGUUGUCAGCAGGAAGCGGCCUAGAGUUUGUAUCCCCCGGACCUGGGGAGUUUGCGGGAGACUUUGCUGACAUCGGCCGGCGGCAGGAGACGGUAGCAGGGGGGCUGCUGUAGUGUGUGUGUCCCCUGGCCGGAGAUCAGCCCCUCCCGAUGGCCUCUCCUUCUCCCUCCGGCGACAGACCGGGCCGCUCCUGAUCCUCCGGAAGGGGGCAGCAGCCUGGACCCCAUGACGGGCUGAGCCGGUCCGGUCCCGAAGGGACUGCACACGCCGAUACCCCCUCUCCCCCCUCCUCACAGUCACAGCUGAGGCCUGCGACAUGGCUGCGUCCCAGGCCUCCAGCGGCUCUAACCCGCGGAAGUUCAGCGAGAAGAUCGCUCUGCACAACCAGAAGCAGGCCGAGGAGACCAGGGCCUUCGACGAGCUCAUGACCGACCUGACAGUGUCCCGGGUUCAGUUCCAAAAGCUGCAGCAGUUACGACUUGCACAAUCCCGGGCUCCGUACUAUGGUGGCUCAUUGCCAAACGUAAACCAGAUUAGCAGCAGUCCAUCUGAUUUCCAGACUUCCUUUCAUCACACGGAUAACAUACGAGGCAUGAGGCACAAUGGCCUGGUGGAGAGGGCUUCACGUAACCGCCUGCACUCCCCUCAUCACAGACCUGUAGAGAAGCAUGGACGUCAGUGUGACAGCUCUCCAUAUGGACCUGUUUAUCUCUCCCCCCCACCUGAUAAUAGCUGGAGAAGGCAGCAGGCUCCCUGGAGUGAAGAGAAACGGCCAGGAUUUAGACUAUUGUCUGCUCUUAACAGAACGAACUCAGACUCUGCACUUCACACCAGCGCCUCGAGUAACAAAAUGCAAGACCCAUUUUUGGGUGGAAAUCAGCCCCCCGCGCGUGUCCCCAGACAUCAGCAACGCAACACAAGUUUACAGGACGGGGAAAUAGACAACUUUGAAGGAGUUUUUUCUUUUCCCAGCGCUUUGACAGAAGAUAAUCUGCUGCCCGUUUCUAAGCCACUGCCCAAACAGCUAUGGGAAGCCAAAAAGGUCCAGUCCCUGACAUCUCGUCCCCGAUCCUGUGAAGUUCCAGGUAUCAAAGUCUAUCCAUCUUCUGAUCAGAAUGCAGGUCUCUCACAUUUCCAAGGGAACCUAAACACCGGUGGAUCACUGCCAGAUCUUACUAACCUGCAUUUCCCAUCUCCCCUGCCAACCCCGCUGGACCCAGAUGAGACAACUUAUGCCAAUAUGGGGGUGGAGAACAGCACAGGGGGGCUUCCUGCUGCAAUGACUCAUCUGGGGAUUAGUGGCUCUUCAGGUUUGCAGAACACUCGCAGCAAUCCAUCCAUUCAAACAACACUGAACAACAGCUCUAUGGCAUCUGUAAACAACCACGGACCUCCGUCUGGCCGAUCCAACCCAUCACUUCACCAGUCUCUUCGCCUGGCCUCCCUUAGCAAUCCUUCUCUCCCUACGGCUGCACUUGGCAGCUCCCCUAGACGCAGGCACACUCCAGUUAGCCCGCUAACUCUGACGCCGGGCAGCGAGUCAAAUCGGUGUAUGAGUGGCCAGUUUUCACCAACCAGCCCAAUGAACAUGCUCUCAAACUCACAGGGUGUUAAUAUGGACAGGAAUCCUCUUUCUCUCCCUCCACUUGAGCCUCCUCCACCCUAUCCUUUAUACCAAGAGCAGUCUCAGCAUCCACUUCAACAUACAUCGCAACAAGUGCACGAAGAGUCCCAGAACUUGCAGCCUCCCUCUCCUGUGCCCUGCCCUCCUCUGGAUCUAAAUUUGGCUAAUAACUCCCUCAGCAGCUUCUUUGCUGAUGCUUUCUUUGAUCAGCAGCAACACACGAGACAGGGGAAGUAUCUUUGGCAGCAGCAAGAACAGUAUGAUAUGUAUGGAAGUCCAAGCAGUUCCCUUCCCAACAAUGCUCUGUUUGAUCCAAACAUGAACCUCCAGUACUCUCAGGCCUCCAUGAUGGGACUAGGAGGGAGUCAUGGAAAUCUCCAAGAUCCUUUCCAGAUGAGGCCAAACUACUUGUAUUCAAACUACGGGGGGAGUGUUCCAAACAUUAUCUUAACAGAUGACUCAAGCAACAGUUUAUCGAAGGACAUUGGUAAUGCGGUUGCAGGAGUUUCUGAGCUGGGCUUUGAUGCAGAUAAUACAUUUCAGUUGGAUGAUGAGCUGAAACUUGGACCUCUGAGCUUGGAUGGUUUGAGCAUGUUAAGUGACCCUGACAUGGUCCUUUCCGACCCUUCAAUAGAGGACAGCUUCCGUUCUGACAAGCUGUGAUCCACACUCCUAGUUGGAGUGAAGACUGCUUCAGUUAUUUUGUCGAUAAACAGAUGACACUUAAAUCUCUUUGUUCCAAGCUUGAUUGGACACAGAGCAGUUGCAAUUGCUUAAUUAAUCUUUUGACAUUUGAAUGUUGGGCCAAGUAGAAAUACUAACUUUUUGAAGAACGUUUAAAAGGAUAUCUGAAAAGAGACUGCUUUAAACCAAGCCAGUAAUUGAUGUCUUGUAGAUAAGCACACAAGAUUCUCUGUGAAUGAACUUGGAUAGAGGAACUGCAUUUCUACGUAUAUUUUAUUUUAUUUUUUUUCGGUUUUGAUGGUGAUGUGCCAUUGCCGUACUAUUUUUCUACCCACUUAUGCUCAUGGCCCAUCGAGAAAGCAUGUUUGGAAGCUACCCUAAGUAGCGAAGGAUUUAUAAUUACAUAUUUUUUAAUGAAUAGUUUCAUUAUGUACAAAAAACCUGAAAGAAGAAAAAAAUAAUACCCAGUGAUAGAAUUAUUGCAAGAAAUUCCAUGUUCUAGAUACUGAAACCACUGACCUCAAUACUUGCUGAUGAACACUUGUCAGGUUUAUACUCUGAUUUUUUUUUUUUUACACUUUUGAUUGAGAUCUGGCAUAAAACUAUACCAAAUUAAAUAUAAGACAGCGAGGUAAUAGUGCCUUAGUGCUAGCCACUCUCUCCCGACUUGUAUCCGUUUGUUGGCUGCACCAGUAUUAAGAAGAAUAGGUUCUAUCCAUUCACUAGGUACCAGUGUUCUCAAUGGAGUUUGAGGCAUUAGUGUCUCAAGCCUUAGUUAUUUUACUAGUUCUAGUGAAUUGAUAAUCUAAAUAUUGAUACAGCCCACAUAAUGGCUGCCUCCACUGUGUGAAAAUGGCUAGUAUAUUUUAAUAGAAUAAGUAAUAUACUGAUUUAUUAUUUGUUCUUGUACUCUUCUUACGCCACACGUAGAGAUGUAGCCAUGAUCAUCUUUGCUGCGAUGCUGCAUCGCAGCAUUCUGCAUUGUGCACCAGGCUGCAACUUUUCGCAGCAAGCAUUGGCUCCAUUAAUUCCUAUGGACAUGUGCGUGCAUAUGCGCGUCCUAGUCGCGGGCCUCGACAGUCAUGCUAGCUAUGCUGCGAUGCAUACGCAUCAAGCAAAUGUGAGCGUGGCUACAGCUGUAAUGAUGGCCUAAGCCUGCUGAUCCAGCACCUCAAUGUUUUAUUUGCAUUUGAAGGCAAUUUAUCAGGCACAGCUAAGCAGCGGACCGUGUUAGGAGCUCGCUGGAUCAGAUACACAGAUUAGGCUGAUGGCUCUGUCAGAUAUAAUCAAACUUUUUAAACCUUUCUACAAAAUCUUUUUGUUUUUUUUAAGUAAUGAUGCAGAUAGUACAGAUACGCUGUAGCAACCAAAAAUCAGACAUUUAAUCAUUACUCUAACUUUCUCAGCAAGAGAGCGUCAUACAGUGACCACGGUUAAAGCGGCAUUUAGCAGACAUGUAUUCAUAGAGGUAUGAAUCAUGGAGAAGUGAUACAUGUGUAAUAUGUACUGACUGAGAUUUUAAUACAAACUACAAGUUUGCCAACUGGGCUCGCCAUGUCUGUAAUCAUGGAUGAAAAUGUAAUCUAGUAAAUGAGGCAGAAAGGUUUAAAGUCUAUUGAAGGACCCAUUGCUGAUAACCUAGCAUGGUUUGUUGAUCCAAGUCGGUGACUUGGAAUGUAGGAACCACUCACAAUUUGAGAUGAUUGUUUUGCAGUGAAUAUUUCUCUGACCUGACUGUGCAUUUCAUUCUUCUCUACAACAUGUGAACAUUUUUUAGGGUUAGAUUUUAAUGUAACCUUAUGUCCAAGAUUAUCUCUAUUUGAUGUAUUGAUUGGUCUUUAAUUACUUCCCUGCCUGCUAAAUUAGUGGUUACAUUUUAAAUCACAGGUCUCUUAAAUUAAUUGAUUGACUUUGUGCUGAUUAUAGCAAGUAAAGGUUGGUAGUGCAGGGAUUGCUCUAGUCCCCUGGUUUGCUGCUGAUGCUGUAGAAGGAACAGAGGAGCUGCUGCAUAAUGCAGUACCCAAGUCUUUAGCCAGGGGGAGUGAAUAGUCCUUUCACUAACACUUUUGAUUAGUGCAGCUUUAUUCGGCACACAUCAAGUGGAUCCGUCAUGUCUAUAAAUUUAAGAUACAUUGCUCUGAUAUAAAUUAUAUUUUUCAUCUAUUGAUAAUUUGAUGCACUGGGUACAUUUAUAUGUCCCAUUCUGCUGUGUCAUUUGUAUAAUUAUACAGCAGAAUGUAAGAGAGAAGACCUCCCGAACCUGCCACUCCUGCUUUGAGAGCUGGACUAUCACAAAGUGGUAUAUCAUGAAUAAUACUAUGAUUUGACAUAUAUACAGUGUGUGUAUGUGUAUAUGUGUAUAUAUAUAUAUAUAUAUAUAUAUAUAUAUAUAUAUAUAUAUAAAAUCGCAAAUAUGUUUUAGCCCAAUCCUUCACGUCAUGUCUUAAUGAAGGAAUUGUGCAUUCUAUUAAUAAGGAUGGUAGUGAGCCAUGAUGAUUAUAUCUACACUAGACCGAUAACAGCUAUAGCCUCUAUGGGUUUCAACACAUUUGUGUUAUUUGCAACAAGUCACUGAAUUUGCCUUUACCUGUAAACCAGAAAGCAAGGACUGGAUAUUGCUAACUUCAGCAAGUGUCAUUAUUGUAAUCACAUACAACCACUUUGUUAAGUUAUUUUUUUAUUUAUUGGCAAAACGAUAUACACAGUAGUCUCUACAUGGAGACAUAAUAUAAGACCGCUGCCUAAGACAGCAGAGUCCUUCCAGAAAACAGAUUUGCACUAUAGCUUUAAUGUGUGUCAAAUUAUUGUCCUAUGCAUUCAGUGUGUCCAUUCACCGCUACCGCUAUGGAAGGGUCUCCAUAAAAUAGUUUGAAGAGUAAGUAAAUAGGCAUCAAGCAAUUAUUUAUCUAAAUAAAAAAAAUAAGAUUGUGAUAUGUCAGCACGCAGUGUUCCCAACACUCACGAUUUGCGUUUAUUUUGGCUUGAAUUUCCAAAUGGCCCUUUUCUAUUUUCAGCAGUGCCUUAGAGGACUCUCUGUAACGGUUAUACAGAAAGACGUUGUUGAUGCAGUGCUCAAAAGGCAUCAUUUUAUCCUAUUGCCCUAAUGAAAUUUAGCACCUGAAGUGUCUUGUGAAAUUAAUUUCUUAGCAAUGUUGUGCUCUGUCCUUCUUCCGGGAUCAUAUGUAAAACUAUAUUUCCUUUUAGCGCAGUCCUUAUGCGUAGGUGUGUUCCCGAUGGAAGUAUUUUGCAUUUUUUUUUAUGUUGAAAUAAAGCUGCACAAAUGUACAUCUACACUAGCAACAGGAAUAGGCUUUUGUGGUACAUUACUAGGAGAGUAAUUGUUUAUCCUUUCAUCUUAAUCAUUUGCUGGCUCCUGCUUUAGGGAGUGUUGCCAAAUUAUUUCAAAGAUAUGCAAGACAACACCCACGUCAGCUGAUCACCUGUAUGAGCCACCCUCUGUAAGAUAGCAUUAAUGUUACAGUAGUAAUCCAUUCAUAGAACGUGUUAUUUUAUUUUGAGUGUAUACUGGUACUGGAACAUGAAUAUUUUUGUAUGUAUAAAAUAACAUUUUCAAUGUGGACACUGGUGACAAAAACAAGCAUCAUCAGCAUUUGUAGGAGGUUUUACACGGAGUCGGUUGUUUUUUAUAGCUACAAAUGUGUCUCCAUACAUUAUUGCUGCUGCCAUGCCAAACAGCUGCUCCACGCCAGGUCCCGGGUGUCUUUUUUUUGCAUAUUUUUACCUGAAAAGUGUCUUAUUCACAAUGCUAUGCAGCUAGGAUGCACAAGGUGACUGUGCUGAUUAAUUUGAUAUGCGACACUUGUAUAUAUUUGUUCUACUGAGUCUGAACCUAUAUAGAAAGUGCCACGAUGCUGUAGACGUGGCUUUUUUUCCAUGCUAAGUUCCGUUGUGCUUCAUAUACAGACUCUGUCGCACACGGAUAUACAAGUGUCACAAAUCAAAUUAAUCAGCACAGUCUCCUGACGAGUCCUAGCCUCAUCGCAUUGCGACUAGGAAACAUUUUCGGGAAAAUAAAAGGGAGAAAGGAGUCGCACAGGACCGCGCCAGGCAUCUUGCGUCCAGGGCCAGCAACAGAGGGGGGGGGGGGGUCAAAGGGGGACACCUGUACCGGGCCCCAAGGAUCAGAGGGGCCCCAAGGAUACGCCACUUAGUGCCCGGUAGGGAUGUGAGCCAUCUUGUCCAAACAGGGAAGUGAGCUGUAGGCGGUGUGUGCGCUCAGCCUCAAAGUGAUAGGAGCCUCUCACACACGGUGGCUGGGCGGCACGAGUGUGCACAUGCUCCUCUGGGUGCAGCUCUGUUCCAGUCAGUUAUGGGACACGGUAGAAGCUCAACUGGCGAGGAUUUCCAUGCCUUGCCCCAACCACUUCUGGUGGGGCGUGAGGGCCACAUGGUACCUGCUGUGUGGUGUUUGGGUCUGGUUACUAGGGAGUGCAGCACAGAUGAGUCUCUCCCCGGGGUAAGAGUGGAUUGGUGAGGGAAUACAGGGCUUUGGGAUGGGGUGGGUGAGAUGGGAAUGCAGCAUGGAGUCAUUGCGGGGAGACAGACUGUGGGGUGUGUGGGAGGAAUGAAAGAGAGAGAGAGACACAGACUGUGGUGUGUGUUUGGGAGGAAGGAUAUAUAUAUAUAUAUAUAUAUAUAUAUAUAUAGUGCAGCAAUUUCCGUUGCAUUAUAUAUAUAUAUAUAUAUAUAUAUAUACUGUAGAUAUAUAUUUAAUAUGAGGGGGCCCCAGAGAUAUUACUGUACUGGGCCCCAAGAUUUCUGUUGCCGGCCCUGCUUGUGUCACAUGGUGUAUUGAGGCUAGUUUAAUAUGGACACAGCUGAAUAUAUUAAAUGAUAUAAGACGCUCACCAUCCAUGUUGCUCUGCAUUGAUUUAGAGGGCAUUUCUGUAUUAGCAAUUAUUGUCCAAAUGUUUGUAAGAUAAAGGUAAUUUUAGAGAAAGAAAGUCUAAAAAUUAUAUUUGUUGUUUAGAAUGCAGGAUACAAUACAUUAUAAGUUUACUGCCAAGCAGAUUUUAAAACAGAGAUUCUCAAUGUUUUAUUCAUUUAUAUUUUUUCCUGUUCUCUACCAUGUGGAAGUAGUAAUGAAAUAGGCUGAGGACAUCUAGCAGGGAGGUGCGUUCACUGCCAGAGUUGCCGCAACAUCUGGCAGCAAGAGGGGUCAAGUCUUGCCUUUACAUCACUCACCUUGUCAUUUUCAGACACUUUCCAUGUGCAAGACGGCCCUUUUAAGGAGAGGACCAAGAACAAACUGGUCAUCGUCGGAAUAAAAGGGAUUUGUGAUGUUUAGGUUAUGCCUUCCUUGAUGUAUGCUCUUCAUUUAGAUGUUAUGACAACAAUAUGUGCACUUGCCGUUGCACUUAUUAAAUGUGUUUUAAAAUA